CCACCGCGAAGUAGAGCCUGGACUGGCACACCUCACUCAGCCCACUUCAUCGUCCCAUCUCGUCAGACUCUACAUCCAACCCUAUCACCACGGUGCGCACACCACACAAGCAUCUAGCAUACACGAGCAUCAUUCACUCGCGUUCACGGUGAUCUCCCUCGACGCAAGCCUCCUUAAAGCGCACGAGCACCAGGCAAACUCAAGACUCUCGCGACGGCAUCCUUAGCGGAAUCGCCUGCGUGAGAAGCAGCGCCGCCCAUCUAAUCAGGUCAUUUGCCGCUAACUUAGCGCUCUCGCGACGCGUGCGCAGAGCGGAUCAUCUUCGCGUCAACGGCUCGAUAGACCGUGGCGUCUUCGGAUACCUCACCAGACAGCAUAGCAGCUGUCAUCUUCACCAGCCACACAACAAUCACUGUUCAUUUCGCGUCGAGCUCAUCGACAUGUCACGCAUCACUCGUCGCAGACCUAUGGGCAAGGUCGAGGGAGGAGCGGAUUCUGGCUUCGCCGAACCUCUGCCCCCAGCGUCAGCGGGGUAUGCACCUUACGAUCAUGACCAGCUCGACCCCAACCUCGGCGGAGCGGACUACUCGCAUAACGCUCCCGGAUAUGGAGCUCCUCCGGGUGAAUACAGCAGCAAUGGCGCCAGCCAUCUGCCAGGCCACUCCUUUUCCGACGCUAGUGUGGCUCAGCGCGGACACACCUCGCCAGACGAUGAGAACUCACACGCUGGCUACUACGGCUCUACUUCGUACGAUGGAUCUCGAGGUCAACAUCUGCCUCCUUUAGCACAAGCGCUCGACGGCAGUGCACACGACGGAACCGCUCGCUACCAUGGCAAUGGAAGUCAUGCAGGUGGCAGCUAUGAUGCUGAGCCUACUUCAUUUGAUUCGCACAUCAUGAAUCCCAGCGAUGGCAGCGCGGCUACGAUCAGUGCCUCCCAUGACUAUAGCAAUGGCCACGGCUCAGCUGUUCAUCACACCUCGAGCCAAUAUCAAUCUGGCCCUGCCUCGAGUGCCGGGGUGAUGACCCCUCCGCCUCCUGGAUCCUCACAUGGCGGAUCUACUCACGGCUAUUAUCAACAGCCUCCUGCUCACAUGCUCCACCGGGCAUCCAUCUCGGGCCCCGUCAUGUCUCACCACUACUCGCACCCCGCUCCCACUGCCACUGCUCCAGUCAGCGGAUCCGCAAGCUUUUCUAGUAUGGGCGCACCGCCGCACGCGGGUGAUAUGGCCGCGUGGGGCAACGCGAGCGGAUCUGCCCGCCCUCAUACCGCCGACGGCAUGUUUGGCGGACCUUUCGGCCUGGGACCACAGGGUUGGACUGGGGCGAUCCCUUCCAACUACAACCGCGGUCCGCGCGCGUCCAUCAGCUCCGUCUCAUCCAUGAACGAAGGCUCGCCCACGAGCGGCGGCGGGAAAAUCUUUUCGUACAUGGUUGGCGGCGAUGAGAGCGCGGGAGGUCCAGGUGGCCAUGGCAGCAAUCACAAGAAGCGCCCCCGUAGGAGAUAUGAUGAGAUUGAGCGUCUUUACAAUUGCAGCUUCCCCGGGUGUGCCAAGAGCUACGGAACCUUAAAUCAUCUCAACGCUCAUGUCGCGAUGCAAAAGCACGGCGCCAAGCGCACUCCAGGAGAGUUCAAAGAGAUGCGCAAAGCGUGGAGAAAAGGGAAGCGUGAGGAAGAGUCACGUCGUCAAGCCGCAGUUCCGACUCACGGCGACGAUCUACUGCGCGGAGGAGUCCCUUCUGCUGGAUUUUCCGGCGCUCCAGGAUCUAUGCAGCAUGUCUACCCGUCGGGAAGCGGCUUGACCUACCAAGGUGCACCAAGCGGCUCUUCCAUGGGCAGCAUCAGUGGCCACCAGCCGCGCUACAGCGCACCUCACGCCGGCAGUGCUUUCAUGAGCCCGCCUUCGAACGGAGCUGUGAGCGGUGCACCUUAUGCGGCUCAAUCUGCCCCUUUAGAUCCGAGCGGAAGACCCUACAGCAGCGCUGGGACAGCAGUGCACCACCAACAGCAGCAUCAACAUGGCCAUCCUGUCGGUCCUGGACCCCAAGGUGGCUUGGGUGCCUACCUCAUGGCACACCGUGGCAGCAUCUAGCACGCUCCUCAAUCUGAAGCAAAUGCCCUCACCUCGCGCUGCGCUGCUCCUUGAAUCUCUCAAUGGAACACCUUAGCAGGCUCAGCCUCCUCGCGCAAGCUCAUCUGAAUCUUGCGCUUCAUUCCGAAGGUGUCCCUAUGCCCAUUUACCGUUUCACGUCCACAAUACACCUUCAAUCCUUUCCAUCAUGCCGCGUUCGCUUGCUGCUUCAAAACCAGAACCUCGCCGUCCUUUACAGUUCCUCUUCAUGUAACAUCAUGCUUAUUUGAGGUCUCACCCCUCUUGGAAGACUGUCUCCGCAUCGUACCCAGCAAUUGCAAUGCUUGUGACAAGAG